CCUCAUCAGCGCGCAUGCUCCGAACUGCUCCGCUCAACCUCGGUGUGUUUGGGAUGAAACUAGCUAACAUGCUAACUGGCUGAUUAACGGAUUAAACACGGGAAUUUCGCGUACCAAAAGUUUUGACAAUUCGAGGAUUUUUUUUAAAUAAUCUGCGUUGAAAUGAUGGAGAAGGCGGAGAAAGGUUGGGACGAAGGCAGAAUUCCAGGGCUCGUUCUGUAAACCUGCUCAUCGUUAGCAUGAAAGAGAAGCGUUUCCAUCAUCUCAGGGUCAAGUGGUGAGAUUUCGUCGGGCUUCGUGUCCAGACAGAGGAAGGUCAGAUGUCACGUGUCCUUACUCCUCCUCCUCCCCCUCCUCCUCCUCCUCCUCCUUCUCAGGGAGAGAUGAGCAGCGGCCCUGUGGCCGAGAGCUGGUGCUACACACAGGUAAAAGUAGUGAAAUUUUCCUACAUGUGGACCAUUAACAACUUCAGCUUCUGUCGAGAGGAGAUGGGUGAAGUACUGAAAAGCUCCACCUUCUCUUCAGGUCCCAGUGAUAAAAUGAAAUGGUGCCUCAGAGUAAACCCAAAAGGACUCGAUGAUGAAAGCAAAGACUACCUGUCACUGUAUCUUCUCCUGGUUAGCUGUCCCAAAAGUGAAGUGCGUGCGAAGUUUAAGUUUUCUUUACUCAACGCUAAGCGAGAGGAGACUAAAGCUAUGGAAAGCCAAAGAGCCUACCGAUUUGUCCAAGGCAAAGACUGGGGCUUCAAAAAGUUUAUUAGAAGAGAUUUUCUUCUCGACGAAGCGAACGGCCUUCUUCCAGACGACAAGCUCACUCUGUUCUGUGAGGUGAGUGUAGUGCAGGACUCUGUAAAUAUCUCAGGUCAAUCUAACACAAAUGUGCUGAAAGUUCCUGAGUGCCAACUCUCAGAUGAUCUGGGAAAUCUGUGGGAGUGUUCACGCUUCACUGACUGCACACUGUGUGUGGGGGGGCAGGAGUUCAAAGCCCACAAAUCCAUUCUGGCAGCGAGAUCACCGGUUUUUAACGCCAUGUUUGAGCAUGAGAUGGAGGAGAGCAAGAAGAACUGGGUGGACAUCAGCGACGUCGAGCCAGAUGUCUUUAGAGAAAUGAUGGGGUUUAUAUACACGGGGAAAGCACCAAAUCUGGAGAAAAUGGCCGACAGUUUGUUGGCAGCGGCUGAUAAAUACGCUCUGGAGCGUUUAAAGGUGAUGUGCGAGGAGUCUCUGUGCAGCAGCCUGUGUGUGGAGAACGUAGCCGACACGCUCAUCCUCGCCGACCUGCACAGCGCCGAGCAGCUCAAAGCUCAAGCCAUCGAUUUUAUCAAUAGGUGCAGCGUCCUCCGACAGCUGGGGUGCAAGGAUGGAAAAUACUGGAAUAGCAACCACGCCGCAGACAUAAUGGAGACUCCGGGCUGGAAGGCAAUGAUCCAGUCUCAUCCACACUUAGUGGCCGAGGCUUUCCGCGCUCUGGCUUCGGCUCAGUGCCCUCCGUUCGGCCUGCCCAGGAAGAGGCUCAAGCAGUCCUGAUCUCUCUCUCCAUCUCUCACUUGAUCUAUUUCAGCCGGAGGAAGGAAAGGAGGCAAUGGGGGGGAACAACAUGAACUCGUACCGCUCUCACUGAGACAUGGCUUUCAGCUUCAGAUACACUCUCACUCUUUUACAUUGUCCCUUUCUUUUUUUCAGUUGUUUUUUCUCCCCUCUUUCUUUUCACUCUUAUUUUCUCAUCUUUCUCUCAUUAACUGGCAUUUACGCUCUCUUUCUUUUUUUUUUCCUCCAUCAACCUCUCUCUGAGCGUCUCUCUUUUUUCCUCACUGUAUCACUCUCAUCCUCUUUCUUGCUUUCCUCGUCAUUCCUCCCUGUCUUUCCUCCGUCUUUCUUUCUCUCUUCGUUGCACUUUUUCUUUCUCCGUCUUAUCGGUUUCAUUUUCCUCUUGUCAUUCUCUCUCUCGUUCUCACACACACACGCGCGUGCACACACUUUCUCCCUUUCGCGUUCUCAUUUCAUUUUCUCUCUCACUCUCACUUUCGUUUCUUCCCUUCAUCACUCUCUCUUCUCUUUCAUUCUCACUUGCUUUCUUCUCGUCUGUCUUUCCUUCUAAUUGUUCUUGCAGUUUUUUUUUUUUUUGUCUUUCUGCCUUUUUUUCCCACUUCUGUUUUCUUUCUUAUCGUUUGUAUCUCACAUUACACCUUUUUCUUUCUUCUCUCAUCCUUUCUCUCGCGUCUCCUCUCGCAUUUCCCAUGUGACACUUGGUCUAAAUCCAGAGACAGUAACGAGUGUGUGAACUUCUUCCCCUCCUUCGGUGAGAGGAAGAGCCGUAACAAUUGUUCCAGCCUUCAUUUCUCACACGAUAUGUUCAGUCUCUAAGCUUUAUUUUUCCUGUCUGCACGCUUCUCUCUCUCUCUUGCUCUCUCUCUCUCCAACUAUCAAUCUCACUUUUCCACUCCGGCUCAAACCGUCUUUUAAAAGUAAAUAUUUUUAGACAUUUUGGUUGACUGAGAAUCAGUCAGUGGAUUAUUAUUAUUAUUAUUAUUAUUACUUUCCCCCUUCCUUGUCGUCUCCAAUGGCUGUAAAAAAAAAAAAAAAAAGAAAAGAAAAGAAAGGGAAAAAAAGGAUCAGUGUUCUCCUGUGUGCCUGCCUCGUCCCAAGCAGACCAGGCCGUUCGUUCCUCCUCACCGUUUGCACUAGUUCCCUGUGUCCAGACGUUCUUUUUGAUAUGACGUGUAAAAGGUUUGUUUAAAGCAGAAAAUGUCCUGAUGUUAUAUAAAUGUUUGGCCCGUUUUCGCGACUAGACAUUUGAGACGAUCAGUGAAACAGAUCAUGCCCCAUAUUGAUGGCACAAUUUCUAUGUAGGACUUACUUGACUUAUAUUUGAACGGUAAAUACAUAAACAUUAUUUUUUCUUGUUUUUUUUUUGGGGGGGGGGGCGGUUGAAAUGGGGGUGUAAAGGAAGUAUUAUCCGUAAGUUUCUACACUUGCGUCACUCUGACGUGACGUGACGUUACACUGUGAGAGAAAUGAGGGCUAAAAGUUUGCCAGUUUGGCUCAAAUUGAUAGAAAAUGUACACAAACAUAUCUUGAGGUGUUUUUCAUCCAGACUAUUUCCUUUCAUUUGGUCUCCUUGUUCCAGAUAUAAACAAUAACCCAUAACCCAACACACAAUGACGCUUAAAUAUUGCCGAUAUAAUAACAUGUAAGGAUAAGGGAUGCGUCACGUUAAUGAUGGAUAAUUAAAUGACAAACGAGUCGUCCAGUAAGUUCUGGCACCGUCCUUUCUAACAGAUGCAAUAUUAUUAUUUUAAAUUUUUUUUUUUUUUACAUGAAAUACAAAGAACCCAGAACUUGAUUUUCCUACUUUUUAUUGAAGCCGACAGCUGAUUUAGUGCUCUACGGUCACACUUGUUGCUUGUGAGUGUGGCCUGUCCAAAUACAAAUUAAAGCGAAUUAUUUUAACGAAAUGACGCGCUAAUCAGUUGUUUGAUUUACAUGUCUAAGUACUAGCUUCAUCGCACUAGCACGUUAGCAAAAGGUUAACUACUAGCUACGUACACUCACCAGUAGCGCUAGUGAUUUUUUUUUUUUUUUUCUUUGUAAUGUCUCUAAACACGUUUACUGAGAGGUCAAACGGGAUCUAAACGCAGGUCGAAACUUGUGUUGUGAGCGGGGAACCGAAGAAGUCGAGCCACGUGCGCCGUCCGAUCGGCCCGAGGUGUUAGAGAAGUAAAUCAUUUGCUACAACAGAAUGAACUCGUAUCAUGGAGGAGGUCAUUUAUUUGACUUUGUGGCAUUUCUACAGAGAGUC